AUGGACGAUGACGAGCUGGGAAUGUCGGCUGGCAAAUACGCUCGGCUUGAUGGUGGUGAUGAAUUGAAUGAGAAUAAGGAACGAUAUGCUCGUGAAAAUCAUAGCGAGAUUGAAAGGCGUCGGAGAAACAAAAUGACCCACUACAUUAACGAGUUAGCCGAAAUGGUUCCCCAAUGUGCUGCUCUUGGUCGAAAACCGGAUAAAUUGACGAUUCUACGAAUGGCUGUGUCACAUAUGAAAGCGAUUCGAGGGCAUAAUAAUCAGGACGAAAGCGGCUAUAAGCCAUCAUUUCUAUCGGAUCAAGAACUGAAACAUUUGAUAUUGGAAGCAGCCAAUGGAUUUUUAUUCGUUGUUUGUUGUAAUACUGGUCGAAUACUUUACGUAGCAGAUUCAAUAACACCGGUGUUGAACUUAAAACAGGACGAAAGCGGCUAUAAGCCAUCAUUUCUAUCGGAUCAAGAACUGAAACAUUUGAUAUUGGAAGCAGCCAAUGGAUUUUUAUUCGUUGUUUGUUGUAAUACUGGUCGAAUACUUUACGUAGCAGAUUCAAUAACACCGGUGUUGAACUUAAAACAGGAGGAUUGGAUGAAUCAUACAAUCAAUGAGUUAAUACAUCCUGACGAUCAAGAUAAAAUCCGGGAUCAACUUUGCGGAAGUGAAGUGGCAAUCAAUAAAGUACUCGAUUUGAAAACAGGUACUGUAAAGAGAGAAGGUGCAGCAUCCCGUGUUCAUAUGACCUGUCGAAGAGGUUUCAUUUGCCGAAUGCGACUUGGUCCAUUGGAACCGCUUCAUCGGUUACGAAACCGACGACCACUUUUCCAACAUGGAGGGCAUAAUUAUGUCGUUAUGCAUUGUACUGGAUAUAUCAAGAAUACUCCACCAAUUGGUAUUGAUGCACCACCUUCAUCUUGUCUAGUGGCCAUCGCUCGAUUGCAGGUAGCCUCUAUGCCCUUGUGUGAUCCAGCCGAGUUGACGAGAAUUUCGAUGCGAAUUGCCGACGAUGGCAAGAUGACAUUCGUUGAUGCCCGAGUGUCACAACUGCUCGGCCUCACUCCUGACCAACUUGUUGGGCGAUUCUGGUGGCAAGUGGUGCAUCCAUCCGACGAACAAUCUUUACAUGAAGCCUUCAUGGCUAUGAUGACACGAGAUCAACCGAUACGGCUGAACUGCCGUAUUCGCUCAGCAAACGACUAUCGACCGUGCAGUAUAUCGGCGUACAAGUUCCUGAAUCCAUUCAACGAUCAAUUUGAAUUCGUCGUGGCUACACAUCACAUUCUGACCGGGGACGAAGAGUCGUGGAUUCCUCCGUCCACGGAACCCGGUCCUGCCUAUGCCCCUCCCGGUACUGCGGACUACGCCACUCAAGAUUGGCGACCGCAACAAGACGCUUCCCGAGACGCAACCACAUGGAACACUUGGGGUCAACAAUCCUAUCCUCCUCAUUCAUGA